AUGUCAUCCUCAUCGCCGUCGCCAUUGCCGUCGCUCUACAUUCCCACGCAGUUCCUCAAGUCCUGCCAAGCGUAUGACAAAUACCCUCGGAAGCUGGUCGGCCGGUCCCGAUACGGUGUGCCACUACUCGAACUUUGCCAGGAGCGCUUUCAGAACCGUCAACAGAGUCAAGACCUUUUCGUCCCGGAAAAACAGCUCUAUAUUCCCUACUGGGAUGUUCUCGAUUCAGGCCUGGUCGAACAAAGAAAUCUACUCUCGGAAGUAGAGCUGGGAGAGUGGCUAGGCGACAGCUUCCAACAAGACCCUGCUGAUCAAACAAAAUACCUCAAUGUGAGGUCGGACCCGUUAUGUCGGUUCAUAUUUCUCGUCGCAGCAGGGUCCACACAGCCGCUCGAGCUCACACCGGCAGCCUUGCAACGGAUUCUUUCCUACUUCCAGGUCAUGCCGUCCAUUCUGAACUUUUUGUACGCGUACGGUGGAAGGAAUGGCGAUGAUAGAGAACUACGAUUUAGUGGAUUCCGCACGGAGAAGACCCUGGCUGAUCCCAACCCAGGCCUGGUACUCGACGCCCUCAACCGAAGCGGUAAGAGAUACCAGAUGUGCUACAACCUGAAGACAGUUGCAGUCAAAGAUAUAGACAAGAGCAACUUGAUCAACAUGAGUUGGAAGAUUCGACAGGCGUCAGUGUAUCAUCAAUUCGACGUUGAGAAGGGAACCCAAUCUUGGAUCAUUGGGGACCCCUUGGAAACAAUGAAUGGCCUCGUAAGGGAACAUAUCCACGAGGAGAGGAGCCAUGCUCAUCGCUUCGGAACCAUCCACCAGGCUUUCAGGACUAGCAUUGAGACUCACAUGGUUUUCACGCGAUGGGCGUGCGAAGAGUGGCGCUGGCAUAUCGAAUCGUCGGAGGAAAUCAUAGAAAACAUCACUUACCACUUCAUCGAUAAUGCCGGUAUGAAACUGCGGUGGGAACCGCAGUCACUCACCAUCAUCCAGAAGCGGGAUGAGAAGCUUCGGGAAACCAUUACGGCCCUGGAAGCAAAUGCCGAAAUCAUGGACCGACUGAAGGUCUUCUAUGUGAAUCUUGUAUCAGACCAAGACUUCCCAACACAAGUGCGCUCUUGUGCAACUCACAGCGUCAACGAGUUUGCAUCGCAGAUGGACGAGUACAUCUACGACACCAGGAUGCAAAUCAAACGGGCGAAAGUCCUCUCAACUCUGGUUUCAGAUCGCAAACAGAUCUUAAUCCAACACCUCCAGGCGCAGACGGCAGCGAGACAGGAGGAACUCACGGCACGCCAAGAGAAGCUGGCAAAAAAGGCAGGGCUAGAAGCCAUUGCUGUCCGUAUCAUAACCGUCAUCACACUAUUCUACUUGCCAGCAACAUUCGUCUCGACAUUCUUCAGUACCAAUGCGGUGACGUUCCAGAACGACGGCAGUGAUGAUUCGACCUCGGGUAACACGACCGCACCGUCGCAACUGGCGCUAGAGCGGUUCUUUGAGGUGUCUGUGCCCCUGAUGGCGCUCACUUUCGGUCUGGCGAUCGCUUGGUACUACUACGAGCGCCGACAGAUACGGAAACAGCCAGCGUGGAUGGACGAGAAACACGAAAUGGUAUGA